GAGAGAGAGACAAAGAGAGAGAGAGAGAGAGACAAAGAGAGAGAGAGAGAGAGAGAGAGAGAGAGAGAGAGAGAGAGAGAUGGCUGUGUUUUAUUCAGAGCAAAUAAACUAAAGGAAAUCGUCAGUGUGUAAGCUGAGGAGCACAAACAACCAUCAGCUGCAGGUUGUACAGGAUGACGAUCCAGUCAGCGAUUAGCAGAGACAUUUUCACUCCACUCCAUGAGAAGUUACUAACAGUGAUUGAAGUAAGAAAGAGGAGGAGGAGAAGACUGACCUUCAUCCCAGCAGGGCGUAAAGGGGAUUACAUCACCUUCCUGUGUCUGUCAGUGACGUAUAAAAAGCCAACUCAAGUUUUCAUCACCAAAGUGAAGCAGUUUGAAUUUUCUCCUCAACUUGAGAGACGUUCACACUGGAGUUUGGAUCAGCUCCGUCGGGUAGACGGCAUCGACCCUGACAAGGACAGUCCGGAGUUUGACCUGGUGUUUGAUCACAGAUCUGAUCAGUGGGUCACUGCAUCAUCGGCGGAGAAAUGCAUGUUCAUUCAGAUCCUCUAUCAUCUCUGCCAGAAAUACUGGGAGAGUCAGAGGGAGCUGAGUGUCACAGCACCCCCUGGGGGCCAGAAACCCACCUCCACAACUGCCUCCACCCCUGCCUCCACCUCUACCUCCGCCUCCACCGACCAAAUAACUGUCCUAGAGAAGAAGAAGAAGAAAAGUCGUGACGUGCCUUGUCCCACUGAAUUUGUUAACUGCCAGUCCAAAUUACUGGGAGAUGCCUGCUCAAUAAACAUCAUCAUCUACCGCUGGAAGAUCUUCCUGUACAGAAUGAGGAACUCCAUGACCUCUGCUCAAGAACAGCGUCACAGUCAGAAAGUGGGCGUGUCCAGCUCCUCACCUCCAGCGCAGAGCAUCAUGGGAGCAGUGGGUCGGAGGGCGAGUCAGGUGUUCAGCGAGCGCGGUGACGUUAAACAGCUCACGGAAAACGUACAAAAGUUUGCCAUGAAGCAACGGGAUUAAAGGCUACUGUCACCUCUGUGUGUUUAACCAUCAUAACACACACACACACACACACACACACACACACACACACACACACACACACACACACACACACACACACACACACACACACACACACACACUCACUCACCACACACACACACACACACACACACACACACACUCACUCACCACACACACACAAACACUCACUCACCACACACACACACACAAUGCUUUGUAAUAACCUCAGUGUUGGAUUGUUUCAGCCACUAGAGGGCGAUACUGAGUUUUAAAAACUCUGAGCUUCUUAACAGAAUUUUGUGUAUUUUGGGAUUUUGUCUCUUAUACAGUAACAUAACUGUUGAUGUUACACACAUAAUUAUAAUAAAUACAGAUGUCAGUGUUAAAACACUGCAGUCUUGUUAUUUAAAGAAUUUAAAGCUGUAGUUUGUAUUUAAAAUAGUUUAAAUACAGAAAUUAUGGAUCAAUGUUAUACCUAUGAAGAGGUAUUUAAACUGUUUGUAUUUACACUGUUUGUGUUUAUUAACUUUUUCUGAGGCAUAAGAAUCGUCCCACGACACGACACUAACACCACUGUGCUCCGUGGCAGAUUGAGUUUCCACUGAACUAAACACUCGUUUAUCGGUCAUUACUGAUAAAGAAAUUUCUUCACGUCGCUCCUCAUUAGUAAAACACAAGAGUACAAAAAACUGUGUGUUAAUUAUUAAAAAUAAAUUAAUUAUUAAUUUAAUUCUGUUUAAUUGUCUAGAGUCAUGUAUUAAUAUGUUAAUGACAUUAUAUUUUUAAUUUAAGCCACUCUGUCUGACUGAUUGUGUGUGUGUGUGUGUGUGUGUGUGUGUGUGUGUGUGUGUGUGUGUGUGUGUGUGUAUCUAUGACUGAGUGUCAUUGUAUAAUUGUAAUAAUCUAAAACUCUUUUGUUUGUAUUUAUUAUUUGUCUCUUGUCCUUCUCUGUCCUGUCAGUUUCUGUGUCUAAUGUCUAAUUUAUGUACAUUAA